AUGUUACGUGGCUUAGACACGCAACCUUGCCAUGAAAUACUUGUUUACGCGGCAGACAUGUUUGCCUGGACAUGCUGUGCGAUGUUGACCCAAAUACCUUCGGAGAAAGCCCUCGCGGCCUUGUUGUCACGUUCCUCGAACGUGUGCUUCGCUGUCUUCCCAUUCGCUGCCUUCUUGACAGCUGGCAUGGGCAGCAUAGUUCAGUGAUACCGCUGUCUCUGAGCUGUGCAGCGCUGUUCAGUUUUUCCACUGUUACUGUACCGAUCAACACAUAUGGACGAUCACUUCAGAAUUGUCGUUCCUAGUUGUUUCAUUCAGCCCAGAGAGCAGCCAUGUUUUGCCUUGCCUUUGCUCAAAUACAAGGUCCAGCCAUGCAGACCAUGCGGCCGAGCUCCCAUCUGUUUGUCAACCCUGAACUGACCACUUCGUCAAGUUCGUACUGUACGAUAACGUCCAGUAUGGACAGCAGUACUCGGUCCGAAUCCUUCCCGGGGGCCGUCCAACCGCAGAGGGUCAGUCCUGAAGAGUCCAUCUGUAACACGUUUUGGCGACCGCGGCUCACGUUCCACUCGUUCCAACACGGGCGCUCGCUGGUGGACUUCGGAUCGCUCUGGCCGGACGGCGAUCACUUGCGGAUACUGGUGGGAGAAAUCCACACCAACACGUCCCUACAGGGCGCUGUCCUGUAUCUGUGUAAGCUGGUCCUACGCUGUGGGCCUGUGAGAGUGUUGAAGGCUCUGGUAGAGCAAAAAAUCAUUGGUCCAGAUCAGAGAUUUGAACCGCUGGGAGGGACCAUGAUGCACCUGGCCUGCGUGGCACAGAAUCCCGAAGCUGUCAGCUACCUGACCUCUGUAGGGGUCAACCUCAAGGCACAGGACAGGAAUGGUCGAACAGCGGACCAGGUGUGUUACUGUCCCAGGACACGAAAGAUCCUUCAGCCCUUCAAGUCUGCCAUGCAGGCCGUCGCACAGCCCUCCCCCAGGAAGAAGUCCGUGGCCUACGUCAGCGUGCAGCAGAAACAAGACAUCUUCUCCCUCGCUGAGGAGGGGCACUAUGAUGAACUGCAGAUUAAACUUCAGACAAUGGAGUUUGAAGUAAACAAUGAGAAAAGUGCAGAGGGAGACUUACUUAUCCACAUAGCAGCUGCAGGGGGGGUUGAUCAGCUGGACCUGUUGAUGACCUUGGUGUGUAUUCAGGGUGCCGACGUCAACGCCUACAAUGGCAAAGGUCAAACCCCUCUCUGUAUCGCUGCCGACUUGGGCCACGCCAUCACAGUGGAGGUGUUGAUCUGUAUUCUGGGAGCUGAUCCUAACAAGUGUGACUUGGUUCGGGGAUGGACACCUCUACACUAUGCUGCCUCUCACAACUACAUGGACAUUGUCAGUUGUCUGUUGAAGCGAGGAGCAGAUGUGAACUUGGAGAGCUAUAACGGACUCCGACCAGAUGACGUGGCCAAGAGAUACGAGGCAGCAGACUGUACAGAGAUCAUUGGGUCAAAGAGAACAGAGAGAUGUCGGUACUAUCGGCACCUGGUGCAAGAGGGCCAGCUGCUGGGAAAGGAGCUUACCCGGAGAGAUCUGUUUGUAACAGACAUGACGGGGUCGACACUGCUGAUGGUCGGGGCUGAGAACAACCGCGUAGAGAACAUGCUGGUCCUGCUGGGCAUGGAGGACUGUCCUAUAGACGCACAGCACGAAAGGAGUGGCUGCACAGCAUUAGCUAUAGCAGCACGAGAGGGCCAUGCAGAGGCUGUGAGGACCCUGUUGGAACACGGAGCGAACCCCAGCAUCCCAGAUGUGGAAGGCCUGUUACCCCUGCACCAUGCCUGUAGGAACAGGUGCUUCAUUGUGGUGGAGAUCAUAUCACACUACAGGCAGGGACUCACGGGUUUGGAGCAAGCAUUGAAGUUAGCCACAACCCCAGAGAUUCAGUCAACUGUAAGGUAUGCCAUUGACAGGCGACAGUCAGAGUUAAUCACCCCCCUGCUGUUUGAAUGUGCCAUCAAUGGAGACGCAGACAGACUGUUCUGUACACUAGAGUCUGGGGAUGAGGUCAACCAGACAACUGGUGCAGGGGACUGGCCCAUGUACCUGGCAGCUGAGAAUGGCCACUUGGAUGUGAUGAAGAUCCUAUAUGAGAGGGAUGGAGAUAUCUCCAGACUGCACAAAGCCAGUAAGAACACAGUCCUACAUGUAGCCUGCAUCAGGGGGCACCUGCACGUGGCCAAGUAUGUGCUGCAGUUCUGCAGAAAAACACCAGGUGGCAGUCCUGCACUGCUGGAUGUCAAUGCUGUCAAUGCUGCUGGGCUCACAGCACUGCAACUUGCAGCUGAGAAAGGUUACAGCCGGAUUGUGCGCCUGCUGUUGCAGAACGGUGCGACCACCGCGCUGCUGGACUCGUACGGCGAGCUGUUCUCCUGCCCGCAGUACCAGGGCGUACAGAUGCUCAUCGAAACACACCGCAAACAGCACUUAGACAGGAUCCUUGAGUGUUUGGAGCAUCGAGACCUUUUGGAAGACGCCGGUAAACUCUUCAGUAUGCCCGAGAAACACACCCAUGCCUCGGGCCUGGUCUUCCUUGAAACUGUCUUCCAAGACUUUUGGAGGAAGUUGCAAAGGAUUAUGGACACCUUGAGGAACAAGAAGGGUCUCCCGCAGCUCAAGACGAUCUGGCAGCCUCCGUUUGACCACAACAUGCGUUCCCAGGACGGAGACACGCCCCUCAUGGUGGCUUGUUCCCAGGGUAACCUGGAGGUAGUGAAGUUUCUGUUGGAGUCAGCUGUGUAUGAGGACAGUGGUCUGUCAGAUAUGGACAGUAGUCUGUUUGAAGAUGACCUGUCAGAUGCAGACUCAGGCACGUGUGUGGAGGACUCCACACCUGUGGGAGCUUCCGCUUCUACUGUUACAGCCUCAGACACCACAGCUGUGAAGGAACGUUACAGCAGUCCACAGUUCCACCACACUGGAGAGAAGGAACUUCCCCAGCUCCCGUUUGCAGCUGAAAGCUCCCCCUCCCAUGAGAGCAGGAGACAGUCGAGGACAUCUGUGUCCAGUAGGUCAACGGCCCGUAGGUCGUUGUUCAGUGUGCAAGAGAAGGACCACGACAGCGCGGUGACAGAGCCGACCACAGACACAGCCUCCUUCACAUUCACUCCCUCCAAGUCCAAGUCUUCCAGCUCCAGACUGAAGGGGAGUCUCAGUAUUUACCUCGAUGGAAACAAGGUCUCCCACGUGUGUGCCGUGAACCCGCGUGACGGCUGCACGGCGCUACACCGCUCCAUCGAGAGUAAGCAGUGUAAGCCGGAGCUCGUGCAGGCCCUGCUGGAGUCGGACAGCUCCUGCAUCAACCUCCAGGACGAUACGGGAUGCACCGCGCUGCACCUCGCGUGCAGGCUCGGACACAAACCCAUUGUCAAAUUACUGAUGUCCAAUCAGCACGUGGACCUGAACAUGCGGACCCUGGAGGGACACCUGCCUGAAGAGAUGACCAAAACAACUCUCAUUCAAAAAAUGGUGGAGAAGGCUCGCGCAGAUGCACCCAAUAGCUCUAUGAUGAUACUUCUGGACACUUCAGCCAGCAGUGGUGGAGGUGCAAGUAUCGACUUCGACUCACUCAAUCUCAGAUUUGAGAGACUAAAGAAGGAACUAUAACAUACAAACUAGUACUAUAGAACCUUUAUUAUGCCACAUAUGGUAUGAAGCAAGUUUAAACUGUAAUUUCCAACACAACAAAUUGGACUCACA